UAAGGUUAGAUAUGUCAAAAAUAAUCAAAACACAAGUCAUUUGGUUGCGGUGUGAAUAGUUGUAAAGUCAUAAUUUACAACCAAAUCUUUUAUAUUAUGCUGGUGAAGUCACUAAAUUAACUUAAAAAGAGACAGAUGGCGAUCGACCGCUGCGUGGCCGAGGCCGGCCGCCCGCCCGUCACGCCCGCGCCCGCGCCCGCCCCGGCCCCGGCCUCCGCGCCGCCGGCCUCCGAGCCGCAAGUAUGCAUCAUCACGCUCGAGCACGCGGAGCAUCAUGACUCCACUCUCUACCGACUAGAAAAAGGCUGCUAUUUACAAUUUAAUCCGGGUACUAGUCUACUCGGUCGGAAGGUGUUCCUGUAUACAAACUACGUGGUGACCGAUAGCGAUAAGAGCGGAGAGGCGGAGUUCGUUCGUAACCAGUACUAUGGUCUGGAGUGGCAGCAGGGCGCGUGUGAGGACUGGGAGACGCAGGCGCAGGCGCAGGGGCGGGAGGCGGGGGAAAAGGUGGGCUGCGGCGUGCUCGUCACCGACGCCGACCUGUACUGCCGGCUGCUGCUGCAGCGCGCCGGCUGCUACCACUACUACUUCGUGUACGACACUCCGGAGUCGAGCAUCGGUCCGCAGGGAUCGGGGUGGUUCCAGGUGGCUCCGACGCUGCGUGUGGGCAGAGACGAGCGGAUUCCGUUGGACGGCGUGACCAGUCUCACCGUUCUGGCCAAGUGUCUGGGCCCCCUGCCGCGCUGGGAGAGCGCCCUGCGGCCCGCGCGCGAGGCCGGCUACAACCUCGUGCACUUGACGCCCGUCCAGGAGCUGGGCGCCUCGCAAUCGAGCUACAGCAUCGCGAACCAGCUGCGGCUGAACCCGGCCUUCAGCGGCGACUCUUCCCGCGAGCCUACCUUCGCUGACGUCGAGAACCUCGUCGCCAAGAUGCGCACCGAGUGGAAGAUGAUGUCCAUCUGCGACAUCGUGCUGAACCACACCGCCAACGAGACCCCGUGGCUGGCCACGCAGCCCGAGGCCACCUACAACUGCAGCAACUGUCCGCACCUGCGGCCCGCGGCCCUGCUCGACGCCGGCCUCGCGCGCCUGUCCCGCGCCCUGGCCCGCGGGGACCACGCGGCCCGCCACCUCACCGCCACCUCGCGCGUCACCGAGAACCACCACCUGCUGGAGCUGGAACACCUCCUGGAGUCGGAGGUGGUGCCGGAGCUGCGCCUGCACGAGCUGUUCAUGUGCGAUGUCAACCAGAUCCUGCAGGACUUCUGCUGCAUGGCCCGGAACAAGGUGCCAGCGGUUCGGGCCAAGGACGAGGCGACGGAUAAGAAGAGCGGAAAAGGAGAGGGGGGAGGGGAGGAUGAAGGGGAAGGGGAGGGGGAGGGAGAGCUGCGCCUCAUUGUGGACCCGCUGCGGCGGCGACUGCGGGCCACCGUCAAUAUGGACCGCGCGCUGCAGCUAUACAACGUGUACUGGGCCGAUUGCUACGACGAAGAGUCCCGCGUGCGGCGCUGCUGCGGCGAGCUGCGUGCCGCGCUGGAGGCGCUCAACGAUGCGGCCGCGGCGGAAGUGAGGGAACAUCUGCGCGCCGCCGUCAGGAACUGCCUCGCCGGCAUCAGGUACGAACGAUUGCAAGAAGAUGGCCCACGAAUCGAGGAAGUGAGCGAUAAACACCCAUUGGUGCCGAGGUAUUUCACAUGGGGGGGCACCGCCUGGGCCGAGUCCGCGAGUGCGGCCGAGGCACUGGUGUACGGGGAGGAGGGGCACACCGUGAUGGCCCACAACGGGUGGGUCAUGGACUGUGACCCACUGCGGGACUUCGCCGCGCACUCCGAGCGCGGCCGCGUGUAUCUGCGCCGCGAGCUCAUCGCCUGGGGAGACAGCGUCAAGCUGAGAUACGGCGACAAGCCGGAGGACAGUCCGUUCCUGUGGGCGCACAUGCGCGAGUACGUGGAGCUCACGGCCGAGGUGUUCGACGGCGUGCGCCUCGACAACUGCCACUCCACGCCGCUGCAUGUGGCAGAGUACUUACUGGACUGCGCACGCAACGUGAAGCCAGACCUCUACGUGGUGGCCGAGCUGUUCACCAACUCCGACCAUGUCGACAACAUCUUCGUCAACCGCCUCGGCAUCACCUCGCUCAUACGAGAGGCACAGAGCGCGUGGGACGCGCGGGAGCAGGGCCGGCUGGUGCACCGGUUCGGAGGCCGGCCCGUGGGCUCGUUCCCGAGGCCGGCGGAGCGCCCGGAGCGCCCGGCCGUGGCGCACGCGAUGCUGCUGGACCUCACUCAUGACAACCCCGCGCCCGCCGUUACCAGGAGCGUGUUCGACUACCUGCCGACGGCGGGCAUGGUGGCGAUGGCGUGCUGCGCCACCGGCAGCACGCGCGGAUACGACGAGCUCGUGCCGCACCACAUCCACGUUGUGGACGAGACGCGGCUGUACCCCGAGUGGGUCGACGGUGGGUUCGUUCUGACCGAGGCCAGGCGGACCCUCAACCAGCUGCAUCUACAGCUGGCCUGCGAGGGAUACAGCGAGCUGUACGUCGACCAGCUGGACGACCACUGUGUCGCCAUCACGCGACACCACCCCCUCACCAGGAAGUCGGUGGUGCUGGUGGCGGUGACGGCGUUCAGCCACCCCGGGUCGGACGGCGACGGGGCGCGCGACGUGCCGCCGCUGAGGGUGGAGGGGCAGCUCGACGAGAUACUCUUCGAGAUGGAUCUGCGGCACAAGGACCACAAGACCGGCGGCAACCCCCUACAGAGGGUCGAAUCGUUCAAUCGGCACGCGCACAUCAUCUACGGACACACGGAGUACGAGGCCGUAGUGCGCAGGAACCUGGCGCUCGCGCACUCCGGCAUGAUCGCCGACCAGCGCGGGGACGGCGCGCGGACCGAGCUGCGGUUCAAGCGGCUGCUGCCCGGCACUGUGGUGGCGGUGCGGGUGUCGCCGUGGGCCGCGCAGCAGACGACGCUGGGCGCGCUCAACGCGCUGGUGGCCCGCAUACACGCCCCGCGUGGGGCAGGACGGGGGGACGCUGACCCACUGGGGCUCGGGCCCGCCCUGCGCGACCUGCAGCUGGGGGACUUCCACGCGCUGCUGUACCGCUGCGACGCCGAGGAGCGCGACGCGGGCUGCGGCGGCGUCUACACCGUGCCGGGACACGGCCCGCUUGUCUACGCCGGCUUGCAGGGCGUCGCAUCGCUCCUGGAGACGGUGUGCGCGAACGACGACCUGUCGCACCCGGUGUGCGACAACCUGCGCGCCGGGGACUGGCUGCUGGAGUACCAGUGGGCGCGGCUGGAGCGCGACCCCAAGCUUGCGGCCCUGGCGCGCCGAUACCAACAAAUACUGCGCCCCGUCACGGACCUGCCGAGGUACCUGGUGCCCGCGUACGCGGCCGCGCUGGUGCUGGCGAUGCACGCGGCCGUGUCGGGCGCGGCGCUGGCCCGCAUGAGCGGCGCCGCCCGCGCCGGACAAUGGGCGCGCGCGCUGGCGCUCACCAGCGUGCAGCUCGCGGGGCCGGUGUCGUCCGCCGCGCUGCCGGCGCCGUCGCCCGCGCUGCCGCCGCCGCGGCCCCCGCCGCACGCCAUGUCGGCCGGCCCUGCCGCACUUCACCGUCGGCUACAUGCGCUGCUGGGGCCGCGACACCUUCAUCGCGCUCCGGGGACUCUGUCUGCUGACGGGCCGAUACCAGGAGGCGCGCGCGCACAUCCUGGGGUUCGCGGCGACGGUGCGCCACGGGCUCGUGCCCAACCUGCUGGACGGCGGCCACAACGCGCGCUACAACUGCCGCGACGCCGUCUGGUGGUGGCUCUAUUCCAUACAACAGUACUGCACCGAAGCGCCUAACGGCUUCGCCAUCCUGUCGGAGCCGGUGUCGAGGAUCUUCCCCAAGGACGACUCCGCGCCCGCCCCGCCCGGGGCCGUCGACCAACCGCUGCACGACGUCAUGCAGGAGACGCUCGACGUGCACUUCCAGGGUCUCGUGUUUCGCGAGCGUAACGCCGGGCGGCAGAUCGACGCGCACAUGACCGACAAGGGGUUCAACGUGCAGAUCGGCGUCGACCCCGAGACCGGGUUCCCCUUCGGCGGCAACGACGCCAACUGCGGCACCUGGAUGGACAAGAUGGGCUCCUCCGAGAAGGCGGGCACUCGGGGCGUCCCCGCCACGCCGCGCGACGGCAGCGCCGUGGAGCUGGUCGCGCUGGCCUACCGCGCCGCCGCCUGGCUGGCCGGCCAGCAUCGCGCGCAGCGAUACCCCUACCCCGGGGUGGUGAGGCGGCACCAGGACGGCAGCCUCACCUCCUGGACUUACGCCGCGUGGGCCGACCGCAUCCGCGCUCACUUCGAGCGCGCCUUCUGGAUCCCCCCCGCCUCCGCCUCCGCCUCCGCCCCCGCCCCCGCCGACCCGCGCCCCGACCUGGUGCACCGGCGCGCCAUCUACAAGGACACGUGCGGCGCCACGCGCGCCUACGCCGACUACCAGCUGCGCUGCAACUGCGUCGUCGCCAUGGCGGUCGCGCCCGACCUCUUCGACCCGAAGCGCGCCUGGCUCGCGCUCGACAGCGUCGAGAGGCUGCUGCUCGGUCCGCUCGGCGUCAAGACGCUGGACCCCGGCGACUGGGCGUACCGCGGCGACUACGACAACUCGAACGACGGCGCCGACCCCUCGGUCGCGCAGGGGUACAACUACCACCAGGGGCCCGAGUGGGUGUGGCCGUUCGGCUUCUACGUGCGCGCGCGGCUCGCGUUCGCGCACGACAACGGCAAGCUGGCGCGCACCGUCGCCGCCGGGUACGCCGCGCUGGCGCCGCACGCCGCCGAGCUGCGCGCCUCCCCGUGGCGCGGCCUGCCCGAGCUCACCAACGCGGGCGGCGCGUACUGCGCGGACUCGUGCCGCUCGCAGGCGUGGAGCUCGGCCACCGUGCUGGAGGCGCUGCAUGCGCUGGUGGCGGCGCGACGCGCGCGCAAGGUGGCGGCGGACUGACGGCGCGGGCGCGUGCGUCCGGCCCGCGUGCGCACCGCCGCGCGCGCGCCCUCCCCGCGCCGCCGAUACGCCGAGCCCGCCGCCGCCGCCGCCCCGCGCCGCCGUCGCCGCCCGCCCCUCCCCCUGCCCCGCCUCCUGAGCCGCGCCCCGCCCCCCUGCAUCACCGCCGUGUACAACCUGCUGCAGCCUCGGUCCGGCGCGCUGGCCACGGUGGUGUACAGCGACCGCUACUUCCGCUACGGCCUGCGCCUGCGCGCGCGCCGCGCUUCGUCCCGCCCCCCUCCCGCUUCCGCUCCCGCCCCCGCCCCCGCGCACCACAUGCCGCUGCUGACGGCCGCCCCGCGCCGGCCCCCGCCCGGCGGCGCCCUGCUCGCCGCGGACCGUUCCUCGAGCUCGCCUCCCGGUCCGCGCCGAUCCCGCGCGCGCUUCCCGGUCGCGCCGCCGUCUCUGUUCGAGAUGGAGGCGAGCGAACGGUUCGAACCCGCCUUGGACGACGAGCCGCCCCUCCCGCGCCCCCCGCCGCUCGGGUACCGGCAGCCGAGGGCCCGCAUCGACGUGCCGGGUGGGAGAAGACGCGACCCGAUCCGCCCUCGACCGCGGGCCCCGACCCCGCCCCCCGCCCCCGCGGUCGCGGGCGACGCGCCGCGCCCCCAGUUCGCGCUGACGCGGGACGCUCCGGCCUCGCCCCCCUUCGCUCCGGACGCGCCGAGUGCGAACGAAACGAAGCGCCGGAGCGCCUCCGCCCGGAAUCUGCAACGUAAAGUGCUCAACACGGAGCGAGCGACCGCCGCUGCGGAGAAACGACGGCGCGAAUGCGGGCGACGCGCGACAGGCGCGGAAGCGAGGCAGCAGCGGACGGCGGUGCGGGCGCUGCUGACGGCCAGCGGACUGCUGUACACGGCCGCGCUGCUCGCCUUCUACUUCCUCAGCAUCGCCUGACCACCCGCCCUUAGGCACCGACGAGUGGCUGCGAUCGCUUCGACCUCGCCGCCUCCCUUCCCUCUCCGUUGACCGGAAUUACGACAGGGAAUGAACCCGCUCGACUCGUUUUCUAUCUCGGGUUCGACCCUCCCCCUGUUUCAUCGAAGCUCAAAAGGCGAGUGACGCGUCCACUCGGAGAUGUCAGAAUGUUUCGCUUCGCUAUCGCUUGCUCGAUUUCCGCGACCGACGAGGUUGCACAGCUUAGUCGAAUUCGGUUGCCAUAUUAUUUUCUAAGUUUUCUGUGAGAUUCUAUUGAGAUGCUGUAGUUAAUCUUGUUAACGCUUUAAAUUUUAAUGAAAUCGUUCGAUCGGUAACCUUUGUAAUGAUAAUCGAAAACCAUAAUCGUCGGCUCGUCCGAUUUUAAUGAAGUCUGUCGGCUCUUCAGAAUUGUUAUUAUAUUUUUUAUAUUAUUAUUUAUUUGUGAAGCCGAUAACCGGUUCCAACUUCAAAUUUAUUUUUCAUAUGUAACAUUUUAAUAUUAUGGUGAAUAUUAUUUUUGUUGUCGUUAAAUAAGUUUAAAUAUGUUAAUAGCGUACGUUGUUUUAUAUCAUUUAUGAAUUAAAUAAAAAUACAACAAUUAAAUCAGUUUAUUUCAACUUUCCAUUUCCCUUCCCCAA